AUGACCUCGUUGGUACAGAGGGACUUCGGGUCUCCGCGGAAGAGGGAAUCGACCGGCAGCAAUGCUUCCAGCUACCUCAUGCUGCUUAAUUCCCUGGCGACCGAUUUGGACUGCAUGCUGAGCGAGCUCUGCACGACCCCGAAUUCCGACGACCGGAGCGAUGUCUUCCUGGAACCGUACCUGCAACAGCACGGAACCGUUCAGGUUGUCAGCUCACCGAGCACGCCUCCGCCAAAUCCGCUGCAGCAUCAUCAGCUUACGCAGCUACAUCAUGUACAGAGCGAGGAGUCGCUCUCCUCGGAGGGCUCGGCGACCUCGGGUGGAUCUUCGAGCUCCACGGAAGAUUCUGGCAGCGAGGUCGCCUGCGACAUCACUCUGAUCGAGAGGCUUAUACGAUCGCAUCCGAUCUGGUUCCUUCCUGGCAUCCAAAGGGCCGGCGCUUUCCACUUGUUGCAAGGCAAAGAGGAAGGGAACUUCGUCGUUAGGCAAUCGAGCCAGAGCGACACGAUGGCCCUGUCCGUGAGGCUGCCGCCAGGUAAGGGACCGUACAUCGAGCACUACCUGAUCCAAGCCAACAAGGGGAAGCUGAGCUUGGAGACCAGCGAGAACAGGUUCGACAACAUCCCCUCGCUGAUCGCCCACUAUUCCCAGUGCUGUGACGAAUUGCCGGUCCAAUUGACACUGCCAAGGGCGAUGCGGGAUGCCAAGAAUAGGCAACAGCUCUCCUCGCUGGCGUUGUUGGGCCAGGAGUUCUGGAGAUACCCGAUGGCGAACCCGAGACCGCCGGAAAGCAGCAGCAGCAACACGUCGAGCUUGAGCAGCUUCCGUGGCGGUAACAAUAACCAUAGCAAUAAUAACAACAACCACCAUACACCGACGACGGAGAGCAUUGUGCUAAAUCUUGCGCCGAUAUCGUCGCACGAUACACGAAGCUCGUCACCGACCACCGCUCUCACGACGUCGACGUUCGCGUCCUCGUUGCCCCGUCAGCCGCGUCCAACCCCUCCGAACACUCUCAAUCUGACGACGUUCAACGAACCGAUGGACAUAAAAAACGACAAAAUGUCCCCGAGUGAAAAGCUCUCUCAGAAGUUGAUCUCGCCUAAUCUGGUGCAAAGCGUUCGUUGCCCGUCACCUGUGGUCCACAACGUGGAGAACAACGUGUUGAGCCCAGUCCAGGACACAUCGAAGAUCAAUUUCGAGGCGAAAAGCAUCCCGGAGACAUCGAAAUCCACGAUAGUCGAACUGUCCAGGACUAGAUUCUCCUCAGUCGCCACCAAUACAUCGAAUUUCCUCCAUAACGUCUCGACCUUCAACAAUCUCUCCUGCACGAAUUCGCCUGUGUUGCCCGAGAUCAGGAACAUCAUCGGGGAGAAUCACGCGAUUGGGCAGAACGUGAAGACACCGCCACCGCCGCCGCCGAGAUGGGCCAAACCGGGGAUGGGACAUAUGCAGAACAACUUCACGGUUUCCACCACAGUUACCUUCAAUGUCAGCCAGUCGACUGACAUUAGUAGUUCACAGAACACACCGUCGGACCAGAACACCUCUCUGCUGAGUCCCCAAAGCGCGACAUCGAACAAGUCCCUGACGUCGAACUUCUCCGUGAAGUCCCCGUUGUCGCCAACGACCCCGGUUCUAUCACCGAUGUCGAAGCUAGUCCCGAACACCGGCGCCAAAACGCCAAACGUUCUCUCACCGACGACCCCGUCGAGCACCAGCAAAUCGAAACGGAGACGUGACCGUGAGGCCCGCAAGAAUUCCCAACAUUACCAAGAAUCGGACAUCUUGGAGUCCUACUACCGUAGCUCGCCAGGCGACAAGAUUUCGGACUACGAGGACAUCUGGAACACGACCGACCAGUCGAAUCACUCGACCUGGUCGCCGAACGACAAGCUAGCGAGGAACGACGCGGCGACCACGAAUCCAUUGGAACGAUUGAGGAACUCGAACGAUCGGCUGAUGCCGCUGGACCGACAGACGGUGAACCAGCCCGAGAGGAACUACAACGAUCGAUUGUUGCCGACGAACGAGCUGAUCGUCAGGAACGACAGGAUGAUACUGAGGAACGACAAGUCGAACGGCAAUGAGAAACUCAGCUACAAGGAGAUGACCAGCCCAGAGUUCAGCAGCUUCAAGCCUGUUCAGGAAUCGAAGGCUGGUGAACCGGGACACGGGACGCCCGAGGAGACUGGAAUGGGGAGGAGACCGGACCUGUUGUCUCGAGUUUGUAAGUGUUCGAUUUCGAAACUGAAAUCUGGCAGCGCGAACUCGUUGAACAGCCCAAGCACAAUAACACCACCGAGGAACAAGCUUGGACUGAUGCUGGCAAAGUCCGAGAGCAACAGUCCCUUAACACCGGAGUCGAAGCAAGGUAGUCCGUUCUACGCGGAACCAGCGGACGCCAUCGCCCAAAGCGCAGCAAUAAUACCAAGAAGACGGCCCAGGAACAACCCAGCCACGAACAAAUAUCGUCACAGCGAGCCAGGUUGGCUACAGACACCGAUCGGGGCUAACUCGAAUCAACUUCAUCCGAUCGAUUGGGAAGAAACGGAGGAGACGGAGGACAAGACGCCUCUGAUAUCGUCCUCCGUGGACAAUCUAGCUAAACGACUCAGCACAAAAGAGGUGAAGAAGAUCCCGAGAGCGAAACCCGUGCAACCACCAAAGAUCAGGACCAAGGUGUUCAACGAUACCUCCUGGGCUGUGGAUUCUAGCUGGGAGUUUAUUGGAAACGAGGGAGAGGACUGCGAGCCAGAUUACGACUGUGAUGCGGAUUACGAAGGCGAUAACGUGGCCAGAAAGUUUCCGGACGAGGAAUGCGACAGUGACGUUGUUGGCAACACUUUGACCGUUCAGAGUAUCAUUCUCCAACGGUACCCACAGCUGCUGAAACCACCGGACACGUCCGAGUCCCUGUACAGCGACAGAAACUCCUCGUACGAUAACGUCGAGAAGAGAAACGAGAGGGAGGACGCCGCGGACUCGCGAAAAGAACAAUCCUACGAUUCCUCCGAGUGGGAGACGCCGCUCGAGACGGACGAAAGCGACGUGGAGAGGAUGAAGAGGAACAAGAGCUUCAAGGAGCGGCUGGACCCCCUCCUCUCUCCGCCAAGGUUGCAAGCCCUUCGAAAUCGCGACAACACCGGGACUGGGUCCACGAUAAGGACCUACGCUCUUCAACUCGCGGCCGACAAGACCACCACCUUCUCCCAGAACAUCGACAACUUCAUCCAGUGCACGAAGGAGGGCAAAGAAGCCAGCCCACAUGUGGUCAUGAGGAACAUGCGACAGUUCAUGUCGGGGAUGAAGAACUACCUGGUGAAGCACGGCGAGAGGGAGUUCGAGAAAGAAGUGGAGAAGGAACGGGUGAAACUGAAGGCGAACGAGUUUCUGAACCUGGACGCGAUCCUGGAAGGCGUGAUGAUGGGCCUGGUAGUCAGACCGCUCAGGGAACACGUUUACAGACUCUUCGUCGAUCACUACGCGACCACUGGAUCGCUGCAGACGCUCGCCGAAAGCAUCCAGCACGCCCAGGGGAAGCACGUUCAAGAUCUCGGUGUUCGACCAAAGAUCAUACCCCCGUCAGAUUUAAGCCUGGAUCGGAUUCUGAAGUACAUAGACAGACUCCAGAAAGCAGACUCGCCCCUGGACAAGCUGGAGAACCUGCUAGCGGCCAUUUCUGCCAUCUUCAACUCCGUGAAACAUGCGAAUUCUGGAAGACACGUGACGCUGGGCGCGGACGAUCUUCUACCUCUUCUCGUCUGGGUCCUGGUCCGCGGGAAGGUCGUGGACGCGGAAGUGGAGGCGGAAUACAUGUGGGGUCUUCUUCAUCCCUCUCUCCUCACUGGCGAGGGAGGUUACUACCUGCCGACGCUCUCUAGCGCGGUUCACGUGUUGAAGACGUUCAAGUCUAGCCAGGGAACCAUGUCCACGUUGAACGGAUGCGGAACGCCGGACUGUUCAUCCGUACUACGAAUCUUAGUGCCAGAUGAACUACACGGAUCCCUGAACACCAGAACCCUCCCUGUACGGCCAAACAUGAACACCAGAGAAAUCUGUCGCAUUCUCGCGCACAAGAUAAGGUGUACCAAUCCCCAGGAUUACGGUCUGUUCAAGUUGGUCCAAGGAGAAGAAACCUUGCUCGGUGACCACGAAUGCCCCCAAGAGCUUUCUCACUGCCUUUUCGCUUACAAGCGAAUCGACGCCAAGAUUGCCUGGCCGAGAACCAGUUCUUAA